ACCAGUGAAACAUCAAUCAGCACAACAGCACAAGCCCGAUCGUCAAGCGCAAUCACUGCUCUGCCGGGCCUAUCGGAUCUAGAGCCGCCCUCUUCUACAACGAAACCUCCUCUAGAAGACUUACCCAGUGCUUUCCCAUCGGGGGAUCCACCAUCGAAAACACAACCGACGACCCUACCUGAAUUUGAUCUUAGGCCAUCAUCGUCUGCUAUAACUGGUCUGCCUGAAUUCAAUUUUAAGCCGUCGUCUUCUUCCAUAACUGGUCUGCCUGGAUUUAAUUUUGGGCCGUCGUCUUCUGCCAUGACUGAUCUUCCUCCACUUGAAUCCGGACCUUCAUCUCCAAGUGCAAGUAUUCCAACAUCGCUCCUCGGGAUCUCCAAAUCUUCUUCAGUCGUGCCAACCGCGUCAAUUACGGGAAUACCUCCCUCAUGGAUCAUGGACGUCGUCAUCGACAGCCAGGAAUACAACCUGCCCUCUCCCAACCAGCCACCCAGCGAGAUCUUUUUAUCUAAUGGAGAAAAAGCUCUGUUGAUGUCUGACAGGGUCAUUAUGCGAGGUGAAACACUGGAAAUCCCCGCAGGACUUACCUCUAUGCAGCAGAUCAAAAAGGGCGACCAGACUGUUAAAGCUCAACCUGGGAAGUCGUCUCGACCUUCAGGGGGUAACAACGGCGGCGGCGGCGGCAAAGGCGGCGGUGGUGGUGGUGGCAUUUUCGGUGCCAUUGGUAAGAUUGCACGCGCUGCCGGGUCUGCUGCACGCGGCGUCGCAUCGGUUGGCAAACACGCCGCGAAUCUCGCCACGGGUGGUGCUGGCUCAGCUAUUGGUGGUCUAUCUGGGGCAUUGUCAACGGCUGUAAAAGAUGUCGGGUCCGUCGUCUCCUCUAUCAACGGUGUUCAACAGGAUCUUUCGUUCGAAGCCCUCAAUACUGGCAAAGGGGCCUUGAAUACCGUACUCAAUGCGCAAAACCUUGGUAGAAAUGUCGGAAACUUCAUGAAGUCUAUGAGCACAGCGCUGAAGAAUUUCGAUAAACUCACCCCAGAAGUGCAGCAGCAAAUUUUUGAUAGCAUAAAGGAGUUUUCCAAACCGGAGGGUACGCUUGAGAAGGCCCAAAGGGCGAUGAAAGACUUUGAGGAUUUUCCGUGGGACGAGCAGGAAGUCCCAAGCAUAUCUGUACCUUCGGGUACGAGCAUGCCGGUAUCUCAGAGUCUCAGCACUGCGGCAACUCAGAGUCUCAGCACUGCAGCGAGUACAGAGAGUCAGAGUGUCUCCCUCACGUCGAUGGCUUCUACGCUGACUCCAUCUGCUACUCAAUCUUUGACAAGUAGCCAGUCCACUACUGAAUCUUCGACCAGUAGCAGUUCCACUGCUGGUCCGAGCGAAACGCCGGUUCCUUACAUUAUUCAAACGAAAGAGGGAACAUCAGUUGAAGCAUUCAACGCUUUUAUCAGGGACCUCGACGGUGGUGUUGGCGUUGCACAAACCUUCGAGCCCCUUUUACACCAAUUAUAUUGUACUAAAAUAGCCCCUACAAAGGCUGCAGAGCUGAAGAUGACCAAUCCUUUAAUCGGCAUCAUGGUCGAAGAAACGUUCGACCCCACCUUUAUGGGCGCUGAUGAUACAUUCAACGCGCCCGCAGCUUCCAGACGUCAUGGGUUCGAACCGCAUCACAGCAACGCCAGUAAAAUCUCCAGGGCCCUUAUUCCAGAGCAGCAAAAUGCUCCUUGGUGGAAGAGAAUACUGUCUUCGCCUCCAACGUCUCCCCUGAAUCCACCACAUAGGGAUCCCGGGUAUCUUGCUGAUGAUAGUGCGGGAGAGAAAACGACUAUAUACAUCAUCGACUCUGGCUUUGAUUUGAGCAUUCCGGCACUUCAGGAGGAAGGGCGCACCAUUAGAACUUACUUUCCACCCAAUGAUAUUGCCUUUCCGGUGGACUUCCUCAAAAACUUGAGAAAAACGCAUCCCGAGGCUACGAUUGAGGAGGAGCGCCUAAAUACGGUAAAUCCCGUCAGUCAUGGAACUAAAAUGGCAGCAAUAGCUGGAGGUAAACUCCACGGAAUUGCACAAAAUGCCGACUUAUAUCUCUUGAAGACGAAAGGAGUUUACAAUACGCAUGCGUGGAAGAACCCACUCGAUCAUUCAAAAGGAAAGGUUGGCCCUCAGGAUUACGGCCCGACUCCUAAGGCUAUAGCCACUGUUCUAAGUAAGGUGGGGAGGGACAUUUCAGAUCGACUGGCCAAAGAUCCGUCAGCCAGAUCAGUGAUCAACAUGUCGUUCGGAACAUCAAUAGUUGGCACGGAUAAUCGUGGCCGAGAGAUGGAGCCCUUCUAUGCGGACUUCUUCCGUUUUAUCGAGACGGUGAAGGCUACUGUGGUGGUGGCUGCAGGAAACGACCCCGACUUGGGCCUUCAUCAGCAAGUCCCACAGAAAUUUGGUACUACUACUAACCAAAUAAUAACUGUUGGAGGAGUAAACGAGGAAGGCAAAAUAUACGAUCAGACCUGCCAUCCGCAUCCUGGACAACCGGGCUCCAUGACUUUAUAUGCACCUGCAACUAAUGUAAUUGCUCCGGGACAUAAUAACGAACUUCAUCUGAAUACAGAUUUUAAUACAGGUACAAGCCAAGCAGCAGCCAUCAUUUCGGGCCUUGCGGCUUACUUCUUAUCUCAUCCAGAGAUCAACCUGUUCAAUCAUGGGGAUAUUCCUAUUCCUCGGGAUGAUAUGAAAAAGUUCAUGACUUCACAUGCUUGGACGCGGGUACCUCGAGAGGAUUUUGUCACGCCUCCACUGUUCUGGCCACGGGUACCAAUUGAACAUCUCAACGUUCCUUACAAUCUCGCUCGAGGUGAUACAUUUCAUCCAGAUAUUCAAUGUCAAAUUCCAUUCAGGAAGCGUGGAGAGAACAAAACGGCCACAGCUUGUUCGAUGUCGUCCAAAACAGCACCGACUACUCUUUCGACAGGAACUAGGUUUGUGAUGCUCGUAUGAGAUCCUCAGUUUGGCUUCUAACGCUGUCGUAGGUCUGCCACAACAUCACCAGUAAGCGUAACAUCAAUUGCAUCCUUCCAAUCUCAGCCCGAGUCUGCGCGCUCAACUGAGAUUUCAUCUUCGCAAUCUCCACCACAAUCC